AUGAAAGCCACAAGAUCACCUUUUAUUAAGCUCGACUCGAAUGACUCCGUGUUAGAUGGAGGAAGAGCAGCUUGUGGUGGGAUCCUAAAGGACUCUGAUGAAAAAUUUCUGGCUUGCUUUAGUGCUAAUUUGGAUUGUGGAGCACCGAUGAUAACGGGGCUUUGGAGAAUUUUGCUAGGCUUGGAUCUAACUCUGAAUAUUGGUUGUUCUCAUAUGAUUAUUGAACCUAAUUCUGUUGUUGCAGUGCAGCUUUGUCUCCAGGAGGGAAUCAACUUACAUGCUACUCGAUCUUUAGUCUUAUCUAUCAGAAACAGAUGCAGCAGAUUUACUAGCUGGAGUAUUCCUCAUCUGUUUCGAGAAGCAAAUAUUUGUGUUGAUAGGUAUUACUCUCUCUAG